UCUCACCAGACCGAUUUUUCUCUAAUGCAACAAUGUGCCUCACUGUCAAGGCUCUAGGCUCUCAGACUUUGUUCUAGCUCUCUCCUGGAUCAUAUUUUUAUCUGUCGAAGGAGGUUUCCAGUGGAAACUGUAAAGAGAGACCUCUAGGGGUCUAUGGCCAGUUUUGUAAGACAUGUGACUAAAAGAAAUACACUAAAACGUCACUUACACGCCCAAUUUCCUUUGUCAUCAACAACGAGUCGGCAGGACGAGGUGGUGGUGAGCAGUGACGGAACUGGAGGGGUUAAGUACAUCCUUUUGAACAGACCGAAAGCUCUAAAUGCUUUCAAUGUGCACAUGGUCAAGAACAUCACGAAAGAGAUGAAAGAAAUGGAGGCGGACUCAUCCGUUCGUGUUGUGGUGAUGGAAGGGGCGGGGGACAAGGCUUUUUGUGCUGGAGGAGACAUUAGAGCUACGGGGGAGCUUUUCAGAUACGGGUACACCCUUAACCACUUAAUUGGUACUUACAAGAAGCCAUUCAUUGCUAUUAAGGAUGGGAUCACUUUAGGAGGGGGUGUGAGUAUGUCAGUACAUGGUGAUUUUGGAGUAGCCACAGAGCACACACUGUUGGCUAUGCCAGAGACUUUCAUCGGACUGUUCCCGGAUGCCGGUGGAUCGUACUUCCUGCCACGCCUCACAGGAAGCCUCGGAAUGUACCUGGCAUUAACUGGCCACAGAUUAAAGGCUAGAGACGUAUUGUUAGCGGGUUUGGCCACUCAUUUCAUUCCAACCGCACAGAUGCCAAUGCUGAAAGAUUGCUUGUCUAAGCUGUGUUCUGAAAAGGGAAAAUUGUCAUCGUCUGAUCCCAAAGAUCACACACUCAUUAUUAAGCAAGAACUGGACACUCUUCAUCAAAAAUUUUGCACUGAGCAUGCUCAGUCUGAGCUCACCCUGGCCCCCCACAUGGAGACCAUCAACAGAUGCUUUGACCAGCCGAGCAUGGAGGGGAUAGUGGAGGCACUAGAGAACGAGAAGACUGAAUGGGCCAAGCAACAACUCAAGACACUGAGUAAAAUGUCCCCUACAUCGCUAAAGAUCACUUACCGACAGCUGACUUUAGGCGCUCAACUGUCCUUUGCUGAGUGCUUUAAAAUGGAGUAUCGUAUGAGCCAGGCAUGUAUGGCAGGGAAGGACUUCUACGAGGGUGUGAGAGCGGUGCUAGUGGACAGGGACAAUAGCCCUCAGUGGACUCCAGCCAUUUUACAAGACGUGACUGAUGAGUUCGUAGAUCAAUAUUUUGCUAGAUUACCAGAGGACAAAGAAUUGCAACUCUAAACAGUGCAAAUGGAAGUUUAUUAGCUUUUGGUUAAUUGAGUGUGUAUGUAAUUCAACUCAAGAUGUUCCCCUUCUAUUGGGUGUAUGGCUGUUUUUUUAAUUAGUGCUUCAAUCGAUCUGUCAAUUAUCUUUUGGUUAGCUUCAUAUCCUUUUUGGUUUCAACACAUAAUAUACUCCUUGUUUAUACUAUAUAGGAAUGGUACAUGUGCAUUUUCGCAUAGGUUCAUCCUGUGGAUCUUGUAAAUCACCCCCUAGACUAGCAUGUAAGUUAGCGGUCUAUAUUUGAGACUACAUACAAAACGAUAGAAUUGAACAUGCCCUCCUUGUGUGGUAGUGUAGUUCUACUGCUCUCUAUGCUAGCAAUAACAAGCUAUGCUGAAGAAAUAUCAUCGUUUUGUCCUCCUGGAUUUGUACGUAAUGAGACUGGCAGCUGCUUAUGUUGGAAACACCACCUGCAUGGUAUUUUACAGUGCAAUGAUAACACUGGUGUUGCUAAGAUUGCAGAUGGUUACUGUAUGACAUUUGACUAUCAAAUGAAAUCGAUUGUCAUUGGAAAAUGUCCGUUUCGUAAUCACUCCUCUUUUGAACUUGAUAGGGAAGCACUUUACACAACUCUACCAGACAGCGUAUAUGACCUGGAGUCUAAACUAUGUGGGGGUUAUCACAGGGAAGGUAUUCUGUGUUCUAAAUGUGAAGAGUUUUACGGCCCAUCUGUAACUUUCUCCAUGGACUGUGUGCCUUGUAGAAAUGUGUUCGGACAUUUUGGUCGAUUUGUUUAUGUAUUGAUUCAAUUUGUUCAAGCUACUCUGGUGUAUCUGUUAAUUAUUGUGUUCAAUAUUCGUCUAACAAAGAGCCCAAUGAAUUGCUUCCUACUGUUUGCGCAAGUUGUAGUGAAUAUGGUCAAAUAUGACACAGCUUUGUAUUCAAGGUUAGUCUACGCUACAAGUAAAAGCAGCUUUUUUAACUACAGUAUGAAAUUAGUUCUCAGCUUUUACGGGUAUUGGAAUCUCGAUUUCUUUCCUAUUAUUCUUCCAGACUUUUGUAUAGCUACCUCACUGAAAGGAAUACACCUAAUUUUUUUACAGUACAUAGUAGCCCUCUUCCCAUUGAUUCUUACAGCGAUAAUCUACUUCCUAGUGAAUCUAUACACUCGUCAUGUUAAAGUUGUUGUGUUAUUGUGGAGAGUAAUCAGGUACUGUCUGAGUCCCAAACUAUGCUGUGGCUUUAGAUGGAUGUUAAAUAGAAUCAGCAUGCAAGGCCUUGCCAAUUCCUUUGCCUCCUUUCUUCUCAUAGCGUAUUCUAAAAUCAUCUUUGACUCUGUUAGUUUCUUUCUUCCUACACACCUCUACACAGUCAAUACAACGUAUACCUCACCUGUUACAGUCAUGUAUUAUGACCCCAGGGUCGAAUUCUUUGGCCCUAAGCACUGGUCAUAUUCUAUACUUGUGUUUAUUAUCCUACUCUUGUUCACAGUUCUCCCAUUACUACUUCUUUUUCUGUACCCAUUUUGUUCCUCUCGAUGCACCAAGUUCUCCUCUCACUCCAUUCGAUUCUUUGUAGAGAGCUUUCAAGGCUGGUUCAAAGAUGGCACGAAGAAAGGUACGAAGGACUUUAGAUUAAUCUCAUGCUUAAAUCCACUAGUACGAAUUGUUUUCGGUCUAAUGAUCAUGUUGGUAACCAUGUUUGUGGAUCCUUCAUCAGAUUAUUACUUCUCUCGAUGGCUUUUGGUUGGACUAAUGUUUGUUGCAACUUCUAUGUUCUUUGCUCUUGCUAGGCCAUACAAAUUUGAGUACAUGAACUCUUUUGAGGCAUUAUUAUAUUCACUACUAGGCAUUAUCUCAUUUCUUGCGUCUUACACACUUGGUUUUUACGUUAUCUUCCUACUGUGUCCAAUACCAAUGAUAGUUCUUUUGGGAUAUGGAAUGUGCUUGUUCCUGAAACGAGUGAGAACUUUGUUUAGAAUCUGUCGUGAUAAAAAACUGAAUCACUAUCCUAGCAGUGAAAGAAGGAGGUUGAUGCGGAGUGGAUAUACCGAGUGUCCAUUACCGCAUCGAUUGGAGAAGCCUGGUUUGUACAAAAGCACACCCACUCCACGGAACAUGGAUAAUUACCCCCCGCCGUUGGAACGCAAUAUUGGUAGCUAUGGUGCAAUCGCUGACUCUAAUUAGACCCCAUACUUAGUUUUGUAUGAAUAGUGUAAUUAUCAAUAUAGCUUGCAGCAUCUACAGCAUGGUAAUUGUUUUACAGCACGACUUAUUUUCACGAACAGCUUAUGGUUAUUAUUUUGCUGUAAAUGGUGUGUGUACUAGUGUGUGCAUUAGAUAUAUAUACUGUAUAUCUUUCAGAUGAAAGCAUACAAUACAACUGCGAUACUUUCAUUGUUUUGCUUUCCUAUAUGCAGAGAAUUCCCCUUGACAUUUAAUACUGUAUACUACAGCCAUAUUUGGUGUGUGUGUGCAUAAGCGAACAAUUAUCAUAACCUUUCAACUGUAUACAUAAGAGAGUAACAGUGUGUCUAAAGCUAUAGUCUAAGAAAGAUACAUAGUUGUGUGCUUGUGUUCAUGUGUUUGAAUUAUAGCGUAGGCAUAAUUAUAAUAAAUACAUUUGAAGUCACUUUAUAUUUUAGCUAUAGCCUGUACUAAGCUGACAAAUUAAGUGGAAUGUCUAGCAUAGUUCCUAGUAUUUCUUUGUGUGUAGCUGUGCUAGCGUUGCUGCCUCAAGGGUAUUCACAACCACAUGGAAUUGACUCAUGUCCACCUUGGUUUCAAUACAAUGGAUCUUACUGUGUGUGUGGUGACACUAACAAAACUGGAGGUAUUGUAACUUGUAAUGAGACUCUUCAAAUGUCAUAUCUACUACUGGACUAUUGCAUGACCUACGACAAUGUCAUCAAUGAAACAAUACUCUUUUACUGCCCUUACGACACAAGUAAGCAUAAGAAUCAUACUCAAGUCAAACAGUCACGCCAAAUGGUACUCAAUACAACCGUUAGCAAACUUAUCAGCUUCUUUUGUGGUCCUUUAAAAAGACAAGGGCCGUACUGUGAGCAAUGCAUGAAAAAUCACGGUCCGUCUGUAUUUACAGAAAACCUGAAGUGUAUAAAUUGCGAUAAGACUUACAGUGGCUGGACGUUUUAUUUAACUCUUGAGUUUUUUCCUCUUACUGUGUUCUUUCUUGUGAUCGUUCUCACUGGUAUUAGUCCCUGUUCUGGAAGCAUGAAUUCAUUUGUUAUGCUCAGCCAGCUGUUUUCUUUACUGUUCUCCUACGGCAACCAAGAUCAACUCGUUCCCCCUUACGGAGAAGCUGUUCACGUGAUAGUGCAAUUAAUACGGACUUCCUACGGUUUUUGGAAUCUAGAUUUCUUUAGAGGUCUAGUAGGUAAUUUUUGUGUGAGCAGUCAUCUAACUAAUCUACAAGCUAUUUCCCUACACCUGAUUCCACCGUUCUAUCCAGUUAUUUUACUGAUUGUAGCCUCAGGAUUAAUCUAUUUGUAUCACCGAAACUUUCGUCCAUUUGUGAGAGCGUGGAAACCGUUCAAAAAAUGUCUCUCUCAUUACCCACUUCCAAAUGAUCUCCGAUGCUCUAUUAUACGAUUGUUUGUUACCUUUUAUCUAUUUGGCUACACUAAGAUAUUGAGCACAUGUACUUUACUUCUUGUUCGAGGCUCUUUGUUUAAACUGAAUAGUAGCGAAAAAACUUCUGUCCUUUUGAUGUCUCCUGAUAUUGAAUAUUUUAGCACUAACCACACAGGUUAUGCCGUCAUUUCACUCAUCUUACUAAUACUAACAAUUUUCAUACCAGCUGUAUACCUAACGAUACACCCUCUGUUAGAGAAAAAGUGCAAUGGCUUCACACGUAUAACGUUUAUUACGAUCACAGUGGAUGCAUUCUCAUCUUGUUUCAAGGAUGGUCAAGAUGGGCAAAUGGACUGUCGACAUUUUGCUGGAGCCUAUUUGUUGCUAAGAGUUAUCGCGGUGAUGCUGUUUUCUGUUAUCUGGAGUCCAUUAGCAACUUACCUCACAAUCACAGGCGUAUUUUUCCUAGCAACUGUUACUGUGGGUGUGUGUCGUCCUUACAAGCAAAAGUUACAUAAUGUUCUAGACAUUGUGUUUUUUUCUCUUCUCACCAUUGGAAUUCUCUUUGCCUCGCUCGCAAAUUUUUUGGUUUUGAGUGACAGUGUUCAAAUUUUUUUUACUGUGAUAGUCCUGUUUAGUUUUUUAAUUCCCCUCCUAUAUGCGUUGCUAUACAUCAGCUAUCAUCUCAUAAAGCUUGUUAUUCUUCUGGUAUCAUGCAGCUGCAAGAAGAGACGACAGUACGAGGAAAUUACACAGUAUGAAGAUUCGGCUUCAAUAAGUAAUGAGCAUUCUGCCAACAACAGCGACGCACACAACAAAUAGUCACUCAUGUCAUGUGUUUUGUGCAUUUUAUCUGCAUCUGUGCUGAUUAUGAAUGUGCUUUCAUUUUUACUUUA